AUGACAGCCACCAGCGACGAAGAUCAGAAGCUGCUCCAAGCCAUAGACUCGAAGCUCCAAAAAGUCAUCGAGGAAGCGGAGGAACGUGCGAGAAAGAUAGUCGAGAAAGGUCUUAAGGAUCGAGACGGAAAGAUAACGGAACAGAGGAAAAAAGACAUCAAGACGAUGACAAAGGAAUUCUGUACGACCACCACCGCCCAUGGCAUCAGCCGAGUGGCAGAAGCUAACACAGUUAGAUCAAGGAUCAUUUGGACCGCCAUACUCAUCAGCUGCGUCACCCUGUUCGUGUACCAGGCCGCCAUCUUGAUCAAAGCGUACUUUGAGUACCCGGUCAAUGUCGACAUCAAGGUUGUGGACAACAACAAGCUCACCUUUCCUUCCGUUACUGUCUGCAACAACAACCGAUUACGCAGAUCCAUGCUAAGAGGCACCCGGCAUGGCGCUUUGCUGGAGCUGGAUGAGCGAACUGAAAAUGACACGCGGGACUACUUGCGGGGAAAGAGAGAUGUACCCUCUAUGACCAUAUCCACGACUGUCGAACACGAUCCCAUUAUCAUUCCCAUGUAUAGCAGGAGACUCCAAGUCGGCUAUCUCACGAACGAAAGCACCGAUGCUUCUACGGAGUGUAGACGUCAAUCUCAACAACUGUGCACCUUGACUCAGCUCCUGAGAGCACCUGAAGAUGACACACGGUCAGAAUGGAGCUACUUCAGCCAACAGGGGUGGGCAGCUAAGCUCUUCCAUCAGUGCAACGCGACUGGACAACAUGAUACUUGUGACACGUGCUACAAUAACAAGAUUCUUCUGAGACGUGUAGAUGACAUCACUGCUAAAAUCAACUCCACGCUCUGCUGCAAACCUGACAGUUACGUCAAACUAACCAAUCAAACCUUCGAAACUCACAUCGAGGCUUUGGAGUCAAGCGCAUGCGCAAACUUAGUUGGCGAUCACGGCCUGACGUCGACUGAUUGGUCAGACUAUGUAGAUGAGUAUGGUGAAGUCGUCCUUUUCUGCGGUCAUGUCAACGGCAAUGGCUACAACUUCCAGCAUCUGUCACACCCUGUCUUAACCAGUCACGUCGCCAUUCUGCCUCGUUCCAACGGACAGAACGAUUGGGGAAAUAAAAACAUGAGAGUUGAGUUUCUUGGAUGUGAAGAGACUGACUGCAUCUUUGGCAUCUUUCUUCAUCCCGUAUUACCGACAAUGAACAUGAUAGAUCCCAGCUCCAUCAGCUGCAGCAGCAAAGACUGUGUGACAAACGUCACCACAUAUUGCGGGACCGUUCGGUCUUCUGGUAACGACAUCUGCCAGGACUGGGCCUGCCCUAACCGGUACUUCGACUAUUGCCUGGAGGAAAACUUUUGCCGGUUUGCACCGAAUGGAGAUCACACAAACCUAGUCUGUCCUUCUGCCUCUGGUUCCCAAGAAGCAAACCUGACUUCUGCUCCCUGUCAGUCGAUCGCAAAAUGCUCCAUCAGCGAGAAUGACGACGAACCAAUAUUCCCCACACGGCACGGGUUUUACCAGCAAACUUACGCCGCCCAGUAUUGUGAAGAACGUGGGAAACAACUGUGUUCUCUAGAGCAACUGGUCUUGUUAAACGCAUUCAAAGAUGUCAAGGCAACUGAAUGGGGCUGGAUCGGUGAUAAGGACAUGAAGGCCAUAUUUGAAGAAGACUGCACAAACUCAACUUCGGAAUUUUGUUUCAAAAACAAUUAUCGUUAUCGAGUUGCAAAUGAAGUACGAAAUGUAGCUUACUGCUGUGACGACUCCCUGUUUAGACUCACGGAGAAGACUUACCAUAACCACAGCAGUGCUGAGAAGGGCUGCCGUGACCAGGGAAUGCAACUUUGUCUACCUUCACAGCUACUCGCCAUCCAUGGUGCUUCCAUCAGGCGCGACAGGUACCCAGAAGACCUUGCGUGGAUCAACAUGGCCGACAAAGUUGCACUGCUUAACGACACCUGCGGCUGUAAUGUUGGCGAAAGAUGCGUCGAUCAUAGAUUUCCUUUAUACGAAAUCAAUCACCCUGAAGCGUACAAAGCGUUAUGUUGUGAGGAGAGUUUCUUAUUGAGUCAGGACCAGUUUUCCAACCAGUUGGAGGCCUUUACAGUGUGCAACAAGACCGGCAAGCAGACCUGUUCGCGCCCGCAACUCAAUGACUUGUAUAACGACGGCGUUCGAAACGAAGAUUUUUCAUGGUUUUCCGAGUCACAUGGCGUGGCUCGUCUUCAAGGUCAGUGCAACACAUCGGAUCCUAAUUGUAACCCAGGUGUAACAUACAAAAAUGUCAUUGCAUCCAACGAUACGGCCUUUUCUGUCUACUGUUGUAAACCAGACUCAGUCAAAACGCCGUCAAAUCAAUCCAUCCCAAAGAGAGCCGAUAUAACAAAUCACUUCAUGGGCUGUAACAACCCGCUUGGUAUGGAGAGUGGUGUUAUUUUACGGGAUCAGAUUCGAACUUCAUCUAUCUUUGAUCAGAAACAUUCGCCAAACCAUGCCCGGCUUAACAGCGUGUCCUCCUGGAAGAUGGCGGAAAAUGACACCACGCCGUGGAUACAAGUGGACUUACUAGACUCACAUAUGCUGGCCGGGGUGAUCAUACAAGGAGGUGGUAAGGAUGGUGGCUACGUCUCAUCCUUCUCAUUAUCCUUCAGCAUCGACGGAGAUCAGUGGCAAAUGACAAAUUUGCCGACGUUGUUCGUCGGAAACAAAGAUGGCCAAACCCCAAACCACGUAUACUUUCCCCGCGCAGUCGCCACUCGAUACGUGCAAUUGCACCCACGAUCAUGGAAACGAACAGGAGGCGUGCGUCUCGAACUAGUUGGUUGUAGAUCCUCCAGCUGUGCGAUUGCAAGAAAAACAAAUGAAAAAGGUGUUCAGUUUUAUCAUCAUCAUCAGGCGAUGUGCGCGGAACCCGAGUGCAUUGUGGGUCGUGGCCUGAACUACAGAGGCAAGCAGAACGUCACCAGAAGCGGUCGGCCAUGUCAGAAAUGGAACUCGCAUGACCCACAGGAUCAUUGCACCACACCCUCACUCUACCCGGAUGCAGAUCUAUCUGAAAACUACUGCCGUAACAUACCGGAUCACCCGUCCAAAGCACCGUGGUGCUUCACAGGCGAGCAGGACUGGGAGUACUGUCAUGUCGAACGUUGUGAAGUUGGCUGUGUCGACUUGAAGCUAAACUCUGUUGGUGGAGAGAACGACUGGGAUGGAUUCCUUCUCAGCUCAAACACAGAUGAUUACACAGACAUCACAGACUUCUCAAUGGCUACACGAGAAGAGAUUGCUGAGAUGGGUCACCAAAAGGAAGACCUCAUCCUACAGUGUACCUUUGACAAAGAACGUUGCUCAUUGGACGAUUUUAAAGUGACGCAAAACGCCAAAUAUGGCAACUGUUUUACCUUCAAUCACGGCGAAGACGACAAAGUUCGAACCACGACCAAGGUGGGAGCGGAGUUCGGUUUAAAACUGACACUGUCAAUCGAGUCUGACGAAUACGUGGGCCUGUUUGGUCAGGAUCCCGGAGCAAAGGUCACCAUACAUAGUGUCGGUUCGACGCCGUUUCCUGAAGGUAACGCUCUAAAUACCAAACCUGGAGAGAGCACUUUCGUCGGCUUGAAACGCAGUUCUGUCAAACGACAGCCACAUCCUUACGGAGACUGUACUUCAUACCAGGAAAGAGACGAGCUGUACGGUGGAAGGUAUACGUACGAAACGUGUCAACAUUCGUGUCUACAGGCAGCCUUACUGGACAAGUGUGGCUGUUCUGACGAACUGAUCGUCAUCAAUAGCACAUUGUGUAGUGUACUGAACAAAACACAGGAGUGCUGUCGUCAAGAAGUCCGAAAACGCCACGAGGACGGCAACCUUCUUUGCAAUUGUCGGCAAUCCUGUGAGGAAGAUUCCUACGCUCUUUGGCUGUCAUCUUCCUUGUGGCCAUCAGACAGGUACGUCUGGUACGUCUUGGAAAACAUCCACACCAGGAGCCGGGCUCGAAAUUUGCCGCUCAGCCCCGAUGAACUACGACAAAAUCUCGCGAGAGUCCACGUGUACUUCCGUGACUUGAAUUACGAACUGAUCAAUGAAAAUCCCACUUAUACUGAGGAAACUUUACUCAGCGGCCUCGGUGGGUUGUUGGGACUGUAUGUAGGUCUGUCUGUCAUUACGGUCUUUGAGUUUAUCAAUUUGGUCGUUGAUGUAGUGAAGGUUGCUUGUAAGAAAGAAAGGAAAGAUAAGGGCAACAUGGAACCCCCUGUCAUAAUGACUGGUAGCUGACGGGACGAAUGAGUAUCAUGACUAAGUGAAUUAGGAAGAACUAGCUGCC